AUGAGCGCAUACGCGAACAAAGCCUUGUUGGGACCUUUGACCAAGAAGCAGUGGGAGAAUUGGCUCAGCAAGCAUCCAGACGAUGCGAAUGGCGUCAGACUUCUCAUUGUCCGCAAAGAGGAUCAACAAGUAAAGAACUCGAAGCACGUCAAUUACGCUGCAGCGCUGGACGUGGCGUUGUGUUAUGGCUGGAUAGACUCUAGAGGCAAGCCGCACGACGAGCAUUACGCCGAGCGCUGCUUCACCCCCAGGAGAAGGAACAGCAAUUGGUCUCAAGUGAACAUAGCCCAUGUGGCCAGAUUGACAGAGGCCGGUCGAAUGCGCGAAGCAGGUUUGCGAGAGGUCGAGAGAGCAAAACAAGAUGGCAGGUGGGAUGCCGCAUACCGACAAAAGGGGAUGGAACCGGAUGCCAAAUUCCAAGCGGCUUUGGAUGAUCAUCCCAAGGCCAAAGCUUUUUGGGCCACGCUGAACAAGACGCACAAGUUCAAAUUUCUCUUUCGUCUUUCCAACAAUAAGCUCGAAAAGACAAAGGCGAAGAAUGUGGCUCUGUUCAUUGAGCUGCUCGAGCAGCAGCGGACGCUAUGA